AUGGCUCUUUCUCGAAAACUUGCAGCAGCCAGCAUCAAUCGCACACCAAUAAUCGCACCCUACACUGUGACUGCAAUUAGGAGACUCUUCGAGAUCUCAAACGGUGUUCGAGCAGAGCAACACCAGAUUAUUCCAUCACCGAGUUGGGCUACUGGAACAAAUAGACGCUCUGAUGGUUCUUUACUUUCUAAAACCGUCAUAAAUGUUUCACCCUUGAUCCAAAAACGCUUUUCAUCUUCCGGUCCAAGCGUAGUGGACACUUCUAAAUCAACCAUAGUCCCCGAUUUUUCCAAAUACAAAAAAUAUCCUAGCGGUGACUACUCUAGCCGGACCUUCACUUAUCUAAUGGUCGGCGCGACUGGUGCACUGACCGCUGCCAGUGCCAAAGCAACGGUCACCGAUUUCCUAGUAAACCUGUCUGCAGCGUCAGAUGUAUUAGCGAUGGCAAAAAUCGAGGUUGACUUGAGCAAGAUCCCCGAAGGAAAGAAUGUCACAGUCAAGUGGCGUGGAAAGCCGAUAUUUAUAAGACAUAGAACACCAGAUGAGAUCGCGGAAGCGAAUAGUGUCGCUUUGGGUGAAUUGAAAGAUCCACAGGCUGAUGCUGAUAGAACAAAGAAACCUGAGUGGCUUAUUAUGCUGGGUGUCUGUACUCAUCUAGGAUGUGUACCAAUUGGAGAAGCUGGUGAUUUUGGCGGUUGGUAUUGCCCAUGUCACGGAUCCCACUACGAUAUAUCUGGACGUGUCAGGAAAGGCCCGGCACCUUUAAAUCUAGAAGUUCCUCCUCACGAUUUCCCUGAAGAUCAACUACUUGACGCUUUGGAGCUUGUACAAUGUAUAUACGAAAAGAUAUAUAAAGCGCGGAUAAAGCCAACCACUGCACUAAAUCUAAUAACUAAUGAACAGCAGUAUUUUCUUACCACAACUGAUGAAAUUCUUGAUCAAAUACUUGGUGGUGGAAUAUUAUCACGCGGGAUAACGGAGAUUGUAGGUGAGAGUGCAGUCGGUAAAACACAGUUAUGUUUACAAUUAUGCUUGGCUGCUCAAUUACCAAAAGAAUUGGGAGGUUUAGGAGGAGGCGCAGUAUACCUACAUAGUGAUGGCAUUUUUCCUACACGGCGUUUCUACCAACUAAUCAAUAGAUUUACCCGAGAUUAUGAAUUCCUGAGUGAUCUUGAUCUUGGCGAGAACGUUUAUUGCGCAACAAUGUUGGAUUUGAAAACCCUGUUUGACAUGGUCAAUUGUCAAUUACCGCAUCUACUCAAAUUCAAUAAUAUUCGACUGGUGGUCAUUGAUUCGAUCGCAUCAAAUUUUCGUGGAGGAUUCAGUAAUCCUUCAGGCCUGCAUCAACGCGCAAAGAUAAUAUUGACGAGACCUGAAAGAAGAAUAAGUAGUAGUCGAACUAUUCUGCGUCGCAAAAUUUCAAUUUUAUUCUCACCAUAUGCUCCACAAAAUUCUGGUGAAUAUUAUAUCGACGAGAAUGGCAUGCAUGGAUUGAGAUCUAAUGAUUGA